UUCUGUCAUAAGACGAGUCUUCUUGCGAACCACGACGAACCGGUAUAAAUACGAUGCAGCAGCGCCGCCAACAUCUUGCCCCCCUCCCUUCCGAUCCCGUUUGCUCGAGCGAUUCCUUCCGCGUUCCGUCCAUGGCCAAAUCAAACGCCCAUCUGUUGAUCCCAAGAACCGCAGAUGGAACCUCACCGGCCAUCGCCGGCUUCGGAACCACCAAGAACUUCGCGGAGCCCCCGCCGCCGGUGCCACCGUCGACCACCUCGGUCCAAGAAUCCAAGAACCUCAAGAAGAGUGGCGGCCCGGCGAGGUUCCUCCUCUUCCGGGGCGGCUCGUGGAUCGACUUCCCUCCCGAGGUGUUGGAUGUCUUGAGGGACGGCCUUGACGCCGGCAGGAUGGCUCUCGAAGUCCCCGUCGGCGGAACCUCCUAUCUCUUCGACUUCCUUCGGAUGACUCGGGUCGAUCUAAAGGACGGCGUCUCGAGUUCCAUCGGGUGGAUCGACGCGGACGGGCGAUGCUUCUUUCCCCGAGUGCUUCUCGAUGGUCAGAGGAACAGUUCUUCCUUGGACAAGGGGAGAGAAGGUUCGUCGGAAUUGCACCAAGAGCAUUCUGAUGAGACUCCUGAGACGUCGACAACCACGAGUUUAGAUCAACCGAGGGAGUGGCCGGGAGCGGAAACGUUGAGUGACGGGGAUCGACACUACAAGGUGGUGGAGAAGCUGUUUCUUGAUGGAAUGAGGAGGUUUGACCCCAACGUGACCAUCACCUCCGUCCGUAAGUGUUUGCACUCGAGUUUCCGCGGCAACUCCCGAUUGGAGGCCUUCCAGACGCUGAUUCAGACGACGAAGGCAGCUCGGGGCCACGAAAAUGUCAGGUUCGGUUGGUACGGGACGACGGCGAGUGAUUUGGCCGUGGUAAUCGGUCACGGCUUCGGACGGACCAACAACAGCCUCUUGGGUUCCCAUGCCCACGGCGUCGGCGUCCACCUCUCACCGCCGCAUUCUCCGCACUCGAGCUCUACGUUGUCGGAGGUUGACAGCAACGGCGACCGGCACAUCCUACUGUGCCGUGCCAUCAUGGGGAAGUCGGAGAAGGUCGAGGCAGGGUCACUCCAGUACCACCCCAGCAGCGACGAGUUCGACAGCGGCGUAGACGAUCUUACCACCCCAAAGUGGUACAUCGUGUGGAGCACUCACAUGAACGCCCACAUACUUCCCGAGUAUAUCGUUAGCUUCAGGUCCUCCUGCCACCAAUCUCAAGGUCACGGGAGAAGGAUGAGCUCAAGGAGAAGGCCUUCGAUCUCCAGCACGUCAUUCUCUAAGCUGUUUGCAGAGAUAGCGAAGCUUCUCCCCUCCUCCAUGUCGGCAAUUUUGGGGAUCAAAUAUAACCAGUUCAGGGAAGGCAAGAUUAGCAAGGAAAGCUUCAUCAGAUAUCUGAGAUCCACUGUGGGAGACAAGCUACUGAUUUCCACAAUCAGGAAAAUGUAUUCUUGAAGCAGCUCACAAUACUGGGAGUAACAUUUGCAGCAAUAUUAGUUGCAGAUUAAAGUAGAAGAAGCUUGGAACGAUAGCGAAGCAUUGUUUCCUUCCUGGUUAUAAACUGUUUCAAGCAUCAUUAUGAUGCCGAUGUGUGGUUCCUUCUUGUUAAUGAAAGCAGUGUGAUGCAGUGAAAUGAGACGAUGUUCUGUUUAAA